AUGAAACAAAUUGACUGGAGCAAUCCAGAAUUCUUCUUCAAAAACAAGCUGAUAGAAAACUCCACAACCGUGGAAGAGGAGUUCCGGAAAAUAAAAGUCCAUAGAUUAGAAAGAAACAAAAGGAUCCUUGCGCCAAUGAUCUUCUGCCUGGUUGUGAAGAGCACCAGGGCAUAUAGGCAAAUGCACAUCCGGGUAACCUUGAAGAAGCAUAUGGUCGAAAUGGAAGCCAGAACUGAAAUAUAUCCUGAAAGCUUUCUAAUGGUUGAGUAUAGCAAGGAGGUUGGCCAUAGAGAACCAUUUUCCGUUAACGUUGAAGCGUGGAGUCCAAAGGGAAUGGUCUCGGGAAAAAGCUUUGUUGUUUCGGACCUGGAGCUACCUUCAAAAACAUUAGUUUCUCUCAAAAUAGACUAUGAAGGGGUCAUGGAGGAAAUUGAAAUGGAAGCCCAUUGUGUUCGCACUGACCAAAGUAUAAGUCAAAUCCAUGAAGAUAUGAAAAUCAUAGGGCAUCGAGGGUGUGGGACGAAUGGGCACCCGUCAACAAGGAUGAUGGAGAAUACAGUCUCUUCAUUCAAGGAGGCAUACAGAAGAGGACUGAAGUGGGUUGAAAUGGAUGUACAACUCACAAGAGAUGAGGUCCCUGUGAUUUUUCAUGAUUUCGUAAUUCAAUCUGGUGCAUCUCGCAUAGGAAUAAACGAGAUAACACUCAAAGAAUUUCUUCAUCUUGUAGGAAAUCAGGACGAGGAGAAUCAUAGCCUUCCUUGUACACUUUCAAGAUUUCUGGAACAAAUUGAUGAUGAACAUGGAGUCAAUAUAGAAAUAAAAUACCCUCUUCCAUCUGAAGAAGGAAGAUAUAAACUGAAGGAUCUAGUUCCUGCAGAGAGAGUUGUUGAGAAAGUUGUGGAAAUGGUCCAAAGAAGUAGGAAGCAAAGGGUGAUUUUUUCAUCAUUCCAUCCGUACAUUCUCUUAAUGGUGAAGCUGAGGCUUCCUAAUUUCAACAUCUUCAUGCUGACCGAGGCAAAAGGUGGCGAAGGGAAUCCAUAUACAAACACGUUGUAUGAUGCACUAUACUUCUGUACAAAGUUGGGGCUUGAUGGAGUUGUUUUGGACUGGAGUUGCAUGGCUAUAAACCCAAUAGAUAUUGUUAAGAUUUUCAAGUCAUUCGACCUAAAGACAUUUGUAUAUGGCGAUGAAAUCAACGACAAAAACAUCAUAAGCAUCCUGAAAGAAGCAGGUGCCCAUGGAAUAAUAAUAGACGAUUUAGAGCUGAUCUGUACACAAAAUAAUGAACAUCAUUAA